AUGGACCUCGCUGAGGCCAUCGAAUACCAUCAAGCUGCCCUAGAAAUUUUCAUCAACAGUCAUCCCCAUCGUUCCACGUCUCUGAACAACCUUGCAGAUUCUCUUCUAAUUCGGUUUGAACGACAUGGACGAGCCGCGGAUCUCGAUGAGGCAAUCAAGCACCAUCGUGCUGCUCUGGAGCUCUGUCCAGAAGGUCACCCUGAUCGUUCUGCAGCACUGAAAAACUUUGCUUCUUCAUUUCUCUCUCGAUUCCAGAAGUUUGGGCUCAUGGAUGAUCUCGAAGAGUGUAUGCAAUUAUUCGAACGUGCUACUGCACAUAGGUUUUCAAGCUUGACAAUGCGUCUCAAGAUCGCUGAUCGGUGGGCUAGCCUCGCUCGAAUUCAUUCCCGUCAUUCCACGUCUAGAGCGUACAAGGUCACAAUGUUACUCUUACAACAUGCUCUCAUCUUCAGUCCCAUUCUUCAUGCACAGCACGACUUCCUCAGCUAG